UUUCGCAAUGUAUAGAGAUGUCUCAACGUCAGAGAACUUUCCGGGCGCGUCUCUGGAACUUUGUGAAAUUGCUGAUAGUUCCUCUUUUUAUUAUUAAUAUAUGUGAAUUACUCAGCAUGCGUCUCUUUAAAUUACCGCCUUCCGCGUAUCCCACCUGCUAUUCGAUAGCUGCUUCGAUGGAGCUUACUCCCGAGAACAUAUCUGCCAUUGAAGUUAAUGGUCCAAUUCCACUAGAGGAUAUACUGUUAUCGGAAGAAAAGCCUACACCUGGAAUGACUAUAUUCUUCCUGGAGACCAGCUGCCCUUGCUCUGAAAAUGAUUUCAAUUUCAGCACUUUGAGCUCACGACAAGCCUGCGCCAUUGAAUCGGCAGCAUUGCAUAAUCCGAACCUAGAUAUUUAUGUUAUAUUUGCCUGUCCACACUUUCGUUAUCGAUUCGAUCCUAUAAUGGAUGUCAUUCUGAGCUAUAGGAACAUCAGACUUCGUCGCGUCAAUCUUUGGCGAUUUGGAGAAGAUACUCCACUUGAGGACUGGAUGUGGCAAGAAGAACUUUUUAGCGCUAGGUCUGCGAUUUCUGAUGAAUAAUAUCUCCAAUCUUCUUCGCUUAUUGUGCUUAUAUCACUUCGGUGGCAUCUACAUGGACUUGGAUGUGAUCGUAUUGCGGAGUUUCGAGAAUCAGUUGUCUAACUUUGUGGGUGCUGAGGCCAAACAAUAUAUAUCGAAUGCUGUUAUAGGUCUGGAGUCCAACGGAUUUGGUCACAAGCUCGCUGAACUAUUGUUACGUGACUUUGAAGAGAACUUCAAUGGCGAUAUCUGGGCUCACAAUGGGCCACGAAACAUUUUAAGCGUAAUGACACAAAUCUGUGGAACGAAUAAUGUCAGCCUCAUGGAGACAAAUCGUUAUCAGUGCCAGGGUGUUAAGGUAUUUAAUCACAAAGCCUUCUUUGAGAUCCAAGGCUAUCACUGGGCGCAUUUCUUUGAGCCAAAAUAUGCGAAUAAAACGCUGCUACGCUUAAGGAAUUCGUAUCUGACUCAUAUCUGGAAUCGAUAUAGUACGAAAAGAUCGCUUAGGGUUGACUCCAAUGCUGCCUACAUUCAAUUGGCGCGGAGACAUUGUCCCAGGGUCUUGGCUAUAACUAAAGAAUAUUUCGAUUAGUCCGGUUAAUUAAUUGCUAUGAUAGAGGAUUCAAUUGCACUUGUAGUAGUACCAUAUAAUAACGUAAUACAGCUAAACAAACAACAAAAAAUGUACAAUUAAACAGUUGCUAUUUCAUUUUUUAGUCGUAACUAGUUUAGACUGCAAUGUUAUGGUUCUACGUAAAUGGAAAUUUCGAACAAGUCUUAACAGGUGUGUCGAAUUUCUAGUUCCCAUAUUGAUGUUCCACGAACUAGACUUUAUUGUAAAUAUUUGUUUUCAUGGAAUUGUGCUAAUAUUUAAUUUAAACUAAUGUUACUUGAGUAAGUUGCUCGCAUCUUUGCCGCCAACUGGAGUGCGAAUAAAAAUGUCAAAUACAUAAUUCUAGAAGAUAUUCUACUCUCGAAUGUCAAACCCAUACCGGGAAACAUAAUAUUCUUUAUCGAUUCUUUAUCAAUAGCCAAUUGUCACGUUCCCGGUAAAUUAUGAAGUUUACAGCUCGACAGGCUUGUUCCAUUGAAUGGACAUCAUCUAAGUGUUUCAAGUGCUCAAGUGUUUGUUCUACUUGCAAAAUCCCUUGUAAUAAUGUAAUCAAUAAUGUUCAAUUGUGGUAUUAGGAAACACGUCUAAUAAAAAUAUGCAAAUAUGGAGGAACUUAUUGAAUAAAGUAAUCCAUUAAGCAAACUUCAGAACUUAAAUGUGAAGUGUUUGCAUUAAAAAAUGAAAUAAUUGUAAGCAACUACGGAUGUUUAGAUUAAGUACUCCAUUGCAUAGCAAAUGCAGUUGAGCAAAUAUUAAAAAAAAGUAUCCAAUUGAAAAUAAUAACUGUUUUAGCUGUUAGUUGUAUUCACUCAUUCACAUUGCCAAGACAUGAAUCUACGUAUACGCAAAUUGCGAGCACGUCUCUUGAUCUGUCUAAAAUUUGUGUUUCCCAUAAUAGUUUUUCAUGUGGUGGAAAUAAUGAUAAUAUUCAUCUUCGAAGAAAGUGAUACUUUAUAUGAAUUACAUGAAUGCUACUUGGAUGAAUUACCAGGAAAAAUCUCCACGAACUGGAGUUUGAAUGCUGGCCACGAGAAUCUAGAGGAUGUGCUACUUUCGGACAUAAAACCCAUACCAGGACGUGCAAUAUACUUUCUGGAAACUAAAUGUUAUUCGCUGAACUCGCAGUCUCAUUAUUUAAUCAAUUUAACAGCACGACAGACGUGUUCCAUCGAAUCGGCAGCUUUGCAUAAUCCAAACUUUCAAGUGUUUGUUCUUUUUGCUAAUCCCAAAGUUAUAGAUCCAGAAAAUCCUUUUCUAAAUAUCAUUCGAAGCUACAGUAAUGUGCAUCUCCGACAAUUGAAUAUUUGGCGGUAUGUUAAGGAUACUCCAGUCGAGGACUGGAUCGUUAGGGACAAUAAAUUCAUAUCUCGUUUCCCCACUGAACAUACAUCAGAUCUACUUCGCUUACUGACCGUCUAUCGCUUUGGAGGCAUCUACAUGGACAUGGACGUGGUUGUGCUACGCAGCAUGGAGGAUAUACCCCUUAAUUUUAUGGGUGCCCAGAUCACCAAUGUUAUCUCGAAUGCUGUGAUUAGUUUGGAGCCCACGGGCAUUGGUCAUGAGGUUGGCGAAUUAUUCUUACGGGAAUUUCAACAAACUUUCAAUGGCACAUAUUAUCUAUUUAAUGGACCAAUGCUAAUUGAACGUGUAUUAGCAAAAAUCUGUGGCACAAAGUCCGUCAUCGAAAUGAUAAAUAAUCGGGAACGUUGCCAUGGAGUUCGAUUAUUCGACGCUAGUGCAUUUUUUAUAUUGCAAAAACUGAUUUACCUUUUUGAUCCUAGAAUGCUGAACGAUGGAAUAGAGAAAACAAAAAAUUCAUAUUUAAUACAUUUAUGGAAUAAAGGUUCGCAGAAGUGCAAACUAGUCGGUCCAAGCUCUACUUAUGGCAGAUAUGCCGCACAGAAUUGUCCCAAAACUUAUGCGGCUGCAGGACAUUUGUUUUAAGGAAUUUGACUUGAAAUCUCAAAAUAAUUUUAAGAACAAUUAUAAAAUUUAUACAAAUAUAAUAUAAAAGCUACAGAUACAUGCUAUUUUCCAUUUUCAAUAAAAGUAA